AUGGGAAGUGGUGGGGGUGGUGGAUGGAAAGUAGUGGAGGGGAAGCAGCCAAAGCUUUUCAAAGAUGUGGUGCGAGGGAAAGGUGUUUUGGAGGGCAGAAGGGUUUCAUCCUUUUUCUUCACCUCUUUCGCUAAUAACUUGGGAGCAAAGGAUUUGAUGCUGGUCUUCCAAGAUUACGGGGAGGUUCAUGAGGUCGAGAUUCUGGCACAUAGGAGCGGUAGAGGCAACAAGUUUGGCUUCGUUCGGUUUUUUGACGUCGCGAGUGAAGAAUCGUUGGCGGUUAAGCUUGACAACAUCUUCAUUGGUGAUCGUAAACUCUUUGUGAAUCUUCCAAGGUUUCAAAAGAGAGAGCCUCACUUGAAGUUUUCAAGGAAUGUGGGUAAUGGUGGCGUACAAGUUAGAGGUGGUGUUAUUUCGGAACGUAGGGAUAACCGGAGGGACCAUAGAUCCUUUGCAAUGGUAGCCGGAGCAGGCAAUGGUUCUGAGGCGGGGAAACAGACGCACAUGGUGUUUAACUGUGAUGAAGGUGCUGUGUGGAACAGGUUUAACAAGGCUUUUGUAGGUACUGUUAUUGAAGGAGGCUUGUCAUUCAAUAUGCAAGAUAUUUUUGAUCUGGAUGGUUACUUUAAUAUUAAGGUGACUCCUCUUGGAUCCAAUAAGUGUUUGUUGGAAGGUAGGGGUGAAGGAGAUUUAGAGGACCUUCUUGACAACUUUGAGUCUUGGCUGAAGAGAUGGUUUCAAUCGGUGGUUAGGUGGGAGCCGUCGAUGGUGGAUCUUGAGAGGGUGGUGUGGGUUAGGGCGUUCGGAAUUCCUUGCCAUGCUUGGGGAGAGGAGUUCUUUGAAUGUAUUUCUAAACCUGUGGGAAGCUUUAUCAAGUCAGAUGAGUGUACACGGGAUUAG